AGUGUGUUUAUCUGUUAUUAUAAUUAUUUGUAACUAAGAAGGCGAAUGUCGCUUUUUGUGUUCCUUUUAGGAUUGUUGUGGUUUUUAGUUAAGUAGUCCGCUAUUAUGGCGCUGAUAUGAUUUUGAUUUUACAAUGGUUUGUAGCCUGGUUAUUGUGUCUUGUUUAUAUUUUAAUGUUAUUAUUUAUGCAAACUUUGUUUCGGAUUGUUGCUCCACUUUGCUUUAUGUCCUGAAUGUUACUUAUUAUUGUAUUAGGGACUAUUUUCUUGUGCGUAGCAUUGGUUUCUUUGUUCGUAGUAUUGGUUUCUUUGUUCGUGAAUGUGGUGUGUCGACAUGGAGGGACAUUCGGCUGGAAUGUCGAGGCCUGUGUGUUGAAGAGUUUCUGUGUCAGGUUUAUGUGGUGUAUGGACGGUGGUCCGAAAUUGGGUGUUUUGUUUCGUUGAGUUCUGUUUGUUUUGUAGAUCUAUGUCUUGAGUGUUUUGUCUAGAUCUAGAUUCUGGUUUUUUUAUAAUAACUUUUGGAUCCAUAUUUAUUAUUUUGUGAAAUAAAUUUUAUAUUAUUGUUAAAGUUUUUUGUUUUUAAUUUAGACUAAGGUUAGGUUAUUAACCAGCCUGGGUUUAGCCGGGCUUGCACUGACCGGACAGUAGUUAGUUAGAUAAGCCUAGGGAAGGGUAAGGUAGAUUUUAAGGUAUCCCCCCCUAGCAGGGCUUACAAAUUGGUAGCACGAGUGGGGUCAGUGCUUUAGUCUAGUUAAAUUUUUGUUUUUUUGCUAGGGCUAGAUGUAGCUUAGUUAAAUUUUUUUCUUGAUAGGCCCUUUAUGGAACCAUAUGUGUUUAAUUUUUGUUUAGUGUAGGAAUCGUUUGUUGUUUAAAACACCCAAUUCGGACGAGAUGGCGAAGGUGGCACCAACCAUCAUCAUCGUUCCACCCAGGGAGAUCCUAAUCCGGAGGUUCCAUGGGGACAGCCAUGGCUAUGAGGUGGACCGGUUCAUCAAAGAGGUCCAGUCCCUCUGGAGGGCCAGGGGAAACCUCUCAGUAGAAGAGAGGAAGGACCUCCUCUGGCAGUACCUGGGGGAAGCGGUGAGAGAGGAGCUGAGCUGCAGGGGUGACGACCUGCAGCACGACCCCGAAGCCACCCUCAGGCUCCUCAGAGAGGUGUACGGCGAGAAGAGGAGAGUACCGCAGCUCAUGGCCCAGUUUCAGAUGGUUGUACAGGGCCAACACGAGUCGGUGAGGGCCUACUCGCACCGACUGCACAGGGCCUUCAAGACCCUGGUUACGAGGCAGAGUGCCCUGCAGGUCCCACAGACUGAUGCAGGGUUUCUUCGAGACCAGUUUGUGGAAAACCUGAGCCAGGCCACAGUCAGACGCCAUCUGCACGAGCUGAUUUUCCGGGACCCUAAGAUCCCCUUCCUGGCCAUACGGGAUGCGGCCAUUCGAUGGUCUGGAGACGAGGACCCUCUUGCUGAACCUGCCUACGUGGCAGCAAUAAAUGCCAGGCCAAUGGAACAAUGUUCGUUCAGGUCCAAGCUGGAGGACAAAGUCAACAGGCUCACAGAGCAGCUUGCUGCCCUGCUGAAGCACUUUACGCGGGACACCAAAUUGUCCAAUGUGCGCCAAGCACCUCGCAAGCGCACGGAGGUCCAAUCAAAGGGCUGCUAUAACUGUCACCAGAGGGGUCACCUCGCCCGUCAUUGCCAUAUGGCAAAGAAAUAUGGGCCCAAAGGGAAUCAAGUGACACCGAAGGUAUGGCGAGGGGACAAGGUCCUACGCCCCUGCGAAAGGACUCUGGUGCCUGCCAAGAGUGUACCAACUAUUCAGGCGACGGAAGGAGACCCCAGAAUGAAGGACGACAAGGUGGUACAGCCAUUAGACCACCCUUUUCACCCAGAUCCGUCAGUGGUAUCAGGCCCAACAUCCUGCCUACGCGCCAGCAUAACCAGUGUAAAGGUGGACCAAUCUGAGGAACAAGAGGCAAUGGUUCCACAUAACCCAUCCUUAAUUAAGGCACCGGGUGGUGGUGCUGGGGCAUGCCCCCAGACAGAGUCAAGCAAGAAGGACAAACAGGUCAAAAAGGCACCUGUAGCUGAACUGGCCAUAGGCGACCUGGUCCUUCUGAGACAACCCCCACUUGGCAGACGCAAAAUGGCAGACCGGGACGGCCCGACAGUUUAUGUCGUUGUCGAAUUACCUCCGAUCACCGGCGGGGGUUACGCCAUUAAAAAGAAAGAUGGCCCUUCUGGCACCCGCCGGGUGGCCAGUACACAGAUUAGGAGAUAUGUGCCUCCCAAGACUCAACCGCCCUCCCCAAGGCCGGUCAAAGUUGUACCGCCGGCUGCUACAGCCACAUCGUCUGAUUUUUUUGCAGAAUUUUGUUUUUUGUAACAUUUAUGAUUGUGCCCUGUGGGCUGAUUUUUUUGCAAAAUUUUGUUUUUUGUAAAAUUUAUGAUUGUGCCCUGCGGGCUGAUUUUUUUGCAAGUUCUUUUGCAAAAUUGUGAUUGUGCAAAGUUUUUGUAUUUUUGUAACAUUUAUGAUUAUGCCCUGUGGGCUCUGAUUUUUUUUCAAGUUAUUUAGCUUGCGGUGACCGCAAGCUUUAAGGGGCGUGUAUGUGAGCGGCUGGAGUGUGUUUAUCUGUUAUUAUAAUUAUUUGUAACUAAGAAGGCGAAUGUCGCUUUUUGUGUUCCUUUUAGGAUUGUUGUGGUUUUUAGUUAAGUAGUCCGCUAUUAUGGCGCUGAUAUGAUUUUGAUUUUACAAUGGUUUGUAGCCUGGUUAUUGUGUCUUGUUUAUAUUUUAAUGUUAUUAUUUAUGCAAACUUUGUUUCGGAUUGUUGCUCCACUUUGCUUUAUGUCCUGAAUGUUACUUAUUAUUGUAUUAGGGACUAUUUUCUUGUGCGUAGCAUUGGUUUCUUUGUUCGUAGUAUUGGUUUCUUUGUUCGUGAAUGUGGUGUGUCGACAUGGAGGGACAUUCGGCUGGAAUGUCGAGGCCUGUGUGUUGAAGAGUUUCUGUGUCAGGUUUAUGUGGUGUAUGGUAACGUAGGGUUAUUUUUAUAGUGUUUUAUUAUGUUUUCCAUAUUUUUGUUUGCUUAUUUUGUAUACAAAGUGACUAUAUACUAGAUCUAUUUAGUCACUUCGACUUUGAGAAGUUUCAAUGUUUGUUUUAUCCAGACCACGUGGUAGCACGAUGGCCUGGGUUUAGUCAUGGAUUAUUGUAGAUUUUACUUUCAUUUAUGAGAGCCUCUUGUUUAGGCUGACAAUUGUGUCAGCUUACUGCCUUGUGUAUGACUUUUUUUACAUUUUAAAUUGAUUUGUCUUAUUUUUCCUCUUUCUAGGACGGUGGUCCGAAAUUGGGUGUUUUGUUUCGUUGAGUUCUGUUUGUUUUGUAGAUCUAUGUCUUGAGUGUUUUGUCUAGAUCUAGAUUCUGGUUUUUUUAUAAUAACUUUUGGAUCCAUAUUUAUUAUUUUGUGAAAUAAAUUUUAUAUUAUUGUUAAAGUUUUUUGUUUUUAAUUUAGACUAAGGUUAGGUUAUUAACCAGCCUGGGUUUAGCCGGGCUUGCACUGACCGGACAGUAGUUAGUUAGA